AUGUACGUAAUAACAUCUGAUAAUAGGCCAUCAUAUUCUAGUUAUUAUAAACCCACGCCUAAUUAUCCUCCAUACAAAACACCAGACGAAAAAACUGACUUAUCUCUAACAGGAGAAGGAGCUACAUCAAUAAAUGAUUUCAUUAAUUUCCCUCCAGUACGAAAUCCAAAUCUAAAUAUGUCAGCAACUUCAAGUGCAGUUACAAGUGAUCUUGAACUUUCCACACCAGCUUUCGUUGAAGAUGGAGUACUUAAAGACAAAAUGAACACUUUAGUACAUAAAAUAGUGGAAUCACUUCAGGGUAAUUUUGAUGCAUUGGCUGAUUUAAUAGAUGAAACACCAGGAAACUCAGUUCCAAUUUCCACAUAUCAAGCAGACACAAUACAUUCUUCUGUUGGCACCACGACAUAUACACGUAAACCGACAAAACAACCAACCCGCGUAACAACAGUUAAGACGAAAGUAACUAAGUCAACGACAAAGAAACCAGUCACACGACUGUCAACAAAAGCUCCAAAUAAGAAAACUACAGUUUCCACAAGGAAACCAGUAACUAGACGUACAACAACACGCAAGCCAAGCACAGGUAAACCAACUAAAAAAUACACCACAACAUUAGCACCCGCGCAAGAUGAACUAGUAGAUGAAGAAGAUGAAGAGGACAUUAAUCCAAAUGAAAAUGAAAUUGAUCAAAAUGAAAGCGUUAGUUCUUCCGGAAGUGGUGGACGUAAAAUUCAAUGCGGCGUUCGACCACAUGUAAAAUCAGGCAGAAUCGUUGGCGGCAAAGGUGCUUCAUUUGGAGCUUAUCCAUGGCAAGUUCUUGUGCGCGAAUCUACAUGGCUGGGGCUAUUUACGAAAAAUAAAUGUGGCGGUGUUCUUAUAUCAAAUCGAUAUGUUAUAACUGCAGCACAUUGUCAACCAGGCUUCCUUGCUUCUCUAGUAGCCGUCAUGGGUGAAUUUGAUAUAUCUGGCGACUUAGAAAGUAAACGAGCAGUGACGAAAAAUGUGAAACGAGUGAUUGUCCACAGGCAGUAUGAUCCAGCAACAUUUGAAAAUGAUUUGGCGUUAUUGGAACUAGAAAGUGCAGUACAAUUUGAUACUCAUAUAGUUCCCAUUUGUAUGCCAUCAGACCAAGCUGACUUUACCGGACGUAUGGCUACUGUUACCGGUUGGGGACGAUUAAAAUAUGGAGGUGGUGUACCAUCUGUUCUUCAAGAAGUUCAGGUUCCAAUUAUUGAAAAUAGCGUUUGCCAAGAGAUGUUCCAUACCGCCGGUCAUAACAAGAAAAUUUUAAGUUCAUUUUUGUGUGCUGGAUAUGCUAAUGGACAAAAAGACUCGUGUGAGGGUGAUAGUGGCGGACCGCUAGUUUUGCAACGCCAGGACGGUCGCUACGAAUUGGCAGGCACUGUUUCGCAUGGAAUAAAAUGUGCGGCGCCAUAUCUACCCGGAGUGUACAUGCGCACCACAUUUUAUAAGCCAUGGUUAAGAAGCAUAACUGGUGUAAAAUAAAUUUAAUUAAUCCAGUAUUCUUACUUCAUGAUUGCCCAACACCAAUGUAUAUUUUUGAAAUUUGAAAUUUGUGGAAGCUUUUUGCAGUCAUAUUGCCUAAAUAAGCACCAUUUUUUAACCUACCAGUACCA